AUCUUGCCUCUUCCUGCCUGCCAGGAGCCGACUGCGGAAGUAGAAACAGCUCUGUGCGGACUCUGGGUUCCGCCUGUGUACGAUUUGCCAGAUCCUCCCGCCGACCCAACAUUUAACCGUUUCCAAACAACAGAUACCCAGGAAGAGAUGGCUGGACGGCUACCGGCGUGUGUUGUCGACUGCGGCACAGGUUACACUAAACUGGGGUAUGCGGGGAACACAGAACCACAGUUCAUCAUUCCAUCAUGUAUUGCCAUCAAAGAGUCGGCCAAGGUUGGAGACCAGGCCCAGCGGAGGAUGAUGAAGGGGGUGGAUGACUUGGAUUUCUAUAUCGGCGAUGAGGCAAUAGACAAACCCACAUAUUCCACUAAGUGGCCAAUCCGUCAUGGGAUUGUGGAGGACUGGGACCUAAUGGAGCGCUUCAUGGAGCAAAUCAUCUUUAAGUACCUGAGGGCUGAGCCUGAGGACCAUUACUUCCUCCUGACGGAGCCUCCUCUCAACACUCCAGAAAACCGAGAGUAUACAGCAGAGAUCAUGUUCGAGUCUUUUAAUGUACCAGGGCUGUACAUCGCUGUGCAGGCUGUCCUUGCUCUAGCAGCCUCCUGGACGUCUAGACAGGUGGGAGAGAGGACACUGACCGGCACAGUCAUUGACAGUGGAGACGGUGUCACUCACGUCAUCCCUGUGGCUGAAGGUUAUGUAAUUGGCAGCUGUAUAAAGCACAUUCCCAUUGCUGGGCGAGACAUCACCUACUUCACACAGCAGCUUCUGAGGGAGAGGGAGGUAGGAAUCCCACCGGAGCAGUCGCUGGAGACAGCCAAGGCAGUUAAGGAGAGGUUCAGCUACGUCUGUCCAGAUCUAGUUAAGGAGUUCAACAAGUAUGACACAGAUGGCUCCAAGUGGAUCAAGCAGUACACUGGCAUCAACACCGUCAGCAAAAAGGAGUUUACCAUUGACGUAGGCUACGAGCGCUUCCUUGGACCAGAGAUCUUCUUCCACCCAGAGUUUGCCAACCCGGACUUCACCCAGCCCAUCUCUGAGGUUGUGGACGAGGUUAUUCAGAAUUGCCCUAUUGACGUCAGACGUCCUCUCUAUAAGAACAUUGUUCUCUCGGGAGGCUCCACUAUGUUCAGAGACUUUGGGCGCCGCUUGCAGCGAGAUGUAAAGAGGACUGUUGAUGCACGACUGAAGACGAGCGAAGAGCUGAGUGGAGGCAAGCUCAAGCCCAAACCAAUCGAUGUCCAGGUGGUCACUCAUCAUAUGCAAAGAUACGCAGUGUGGUUUGGUGGAUCGAUGUUGGCAUCAACGCCUGAGUUCUACCAGGUGUGCCACACCAAAAAGGACUACGAAGAGAUCGGGCCCAGCAUCUGUCGCCACAACCCCGUGUUUGGAGUCAUGUCUUAACUUUGGGCCUCCGCAGUCUAACAGUGGGAGCAGGAGGAGCUGGUUGAAACAGAAUGGGCUCAGGAGGUGGUGGGGGACAAUUGUGGCUCUGUGCUGGUGUGAUUGCUUGUUCCGCUUUGGAUGUGUGGCAUCUACUAAAUCAAAAGCAAAACAACAAAAAUGUAAGUGACCAGACCAAACACAAACUGUCUGGAAAAUUUAUUGUGAAUGUUUUAUUUUUUUCUAUAUCUUUUUUUUUUCUUUUCAAUAUUUUGUUUAAAAAUGAGGGACAAAUGGUUUUAAAGCCAAAUUUUAAGAGCAUUUCUACUAAUGAUUAAGGUAGUGUUGGUGGAGACCUAACAUAUUAACAUUAGUGCUCAUUGUCUGACACCAGAACAUAUUAUUUAUGUUUGCGUUCAGUGAAGACCUCAUGACUUCAGAACAUAUUAUCUAUUGUCUGCUUGAGUUCUUUGCAAUUUUCCAGCUUCACAUUUGUGUAUCACGGUAAGAGCUUGUCUAUAUUUCAUACAAAAUUCUUUUUAUAUGUAAAACUUGGGAAAUUUGGGUAAAAAAUGUAAUUUGAAUGAACAGGGAUGUUUCAGCCCACCAUGCAACUUUGAUGCGCAGUAUUUGUUUUGAGAUAGCUGCUGUUCUUUUCCUUCACCGCUGCCCUUUGAUUCUACAUGAACUCACACUUGCUUUGCCUUUAGACACUGUCGGUUUCCACCUCUGUCAUGCAGGGUAAGACAUAAGAGUGAAAAUAGAUAAGAACGACUGUCAGACCAGUAUUGUUAGGCUAGACGUUUUUUAUUAUUAAAUACCAAAUUAUAAAAAAUGGAA